AUGGCUGAACAUCAACUGCCAAAGAUCCGCCCCCUAGGCAAACUGGAAGAGGUUGCUGCGGCUGCGCAUCACAUCGACUUCUUCACCAACUGCGGUUUCUCAGCUCACUACAAAGCCUCACGGCCCUCAGCUGAGCUUGACGUUGAGUCGUUGAUACUCAAAGCCGUAUCCCAAGUGCUUCUACAGCAUCCCAUCCUUUUUGCAAUUCCAGUAGUACCAGAAACUGAUAGGCCUUACUGGGGUCGCUUGGGAUCCAUUGAUCUGAAGCAGGUUGUGUCUUUCGUUCAACGAACUCAACCUCUGUCUUCUCAUUCUCCCACUGACGACGAGCUUGACUUACUGCUCGAGGAGCGACAUAACACAAGCUUCAAGGUUGGCUACGGUACGCUGCCAGUCUGGCGGUUGAUCAUUCUACGCGACCAUGACUCGCAAGAUGGAUUUACAGCAUGUUUCAUCUAUCACCAUUCUUCAUGCGAUGGGACUAGUGCCCAGAUUUUCCAAAACGCGUUCCAGAAAGCUCUCUGUGACGUCUCCGCCAGUUCUGAGGACAUGAGACCAGAGCAUAUCAUCUACUCGAAUGACGCUCCUAUCUCCUUGCCACUUGAAGACCUUCACCCUCUGCCGCUGCCUGAAACCCUGCCCCAACCAGAUGCCGCAGGCGUUCAGGAGUGGAGGGGCAGUCCGGUCACCAUUCCCUGCAAGACACGUUACAAGUCCCUGUCCUUCCCAGUACGCGUUCUACAAUCAUUUGCCCAGGAGUGCAAAAGGAACAAGACCACAGUCACAGCAACUCUUCCAGCCCUUGUAGCCAGGAUGUUGUACGAUUCUCUUCCUUCGACAACGGCGGCUUUGACAUGCAACCUACCAGUCAGCCUACGCUCUGACCUUCCUCCGAAACAGGUCGAUGGAGUAAUGGGUAACUUCAUCGAUGCUUUCAAGGUGCAACUUCUUCGUUCGGACUUGGAUCUGGAUGGUACCGCUUGGAAACAUGCCAAGGAGAUCCAAAAAGCCACGCGACGGUACUUUUCAGAUAUUUCACCUUCUGGGGAGCCUUAUGCGAAUGUCGCUGUCUUCAAACUAAUUCCAGACAUCAAAGCCUUUCUUGCUAGUUCUGUUGGUAAUCCACGUGGCGAGUCCUUCGAGGUUUCUAACCUGGGGACUUUCCCACAAUCCAAGAAUCUCCCAGGAGAUGGCAGUCCGUUCUGGCACCGAGGAAAGCUGCAGCUGAGUCGAUGUGCAUUUGCUCCUGGGGCUCCGUUGGUGGUUUGCGUGGUUGACGAUGAGGAAUAUGUCGGAUUUGGGUUCACCUGGCAAGCUGAUGUCGGUGAUGACGAGGUUGUUGAAAGUGUGAUUGAUAAGCUGAGGAAAUAUUUUGGCUGCUAG